AGAAGAAUCCAACGGGGAUGCAACCAGCGGAGCUGACGAACCAAUCCUAACUGAUUUGACAAUUAGUGAAGUCGAGGUAUCCCACAUGUUGAAAUCUCUUGAUACAGCCAAAGCAACAGGACCUGAUGGUAUUCCCGCUAAGUUAUUAAAAGAAACAGCGGACGUUAUUGCACCUUCUUUGUGCACACUCUUCAAUAAGUCAAUUUCCUCGGGAUCAUUACCAGACGAGUGGAAAACAGCCAACAUAGUACCGAUACACAAAAAGGGUGACAACGAACACGCCGAGAACUACCGUCCUAUUUCUCUACUGUGCAUUAUCUCGAAGGUUUUAGAACGCUGUGUGCUAAAUAACGUCAAAUACCGUUUACUAGAAGCAGUCAACAUCUGUCAACAUGGGUUUAUAUCCGGACGAUCUUGUGUGACUAACCUGAUUGAUGCCCUCAACUACGUUGGGUCAUGCCUGGAUCGUGGUGGACAAAUUGAUAUGAUUUACAUGGACAUGUCCAAAGCUUUCGAUAAG